CGCAUGGGCGCGAUGCUGAACACUCGCGCCGUCGGCGCCGCGAGGCUCGGGGCGUCGAGCGUCCGGUUCUCUGUCGGGAGGAUCGCGCACCGCGUCCGACCGCUCGUCGCGACGCUCGCGAGGAGGAGGCACGCGAUUGCGUCCGCGUCGAAUGACCCGCCCGAAGUCGCGGUCCUCGGCGGAGGCGCCGCGGGUCUCACCGCCGCGUACUUCGCGGCGAAAGAAGGAGCGCGGGUCACGGUGUACGAGCGAACGUCCGAGGCGGGGAAGAAGAUCCUCAUGAGCGGCGGCGCGAGGUGCAACGUCCUCCCCGUCGCCGGCUCGGCCGCGGAUUUCGUCACCGAGAGCACGCCGAGGCUGCUGAAAAACGUCCUCGCGUCGUGGAACGUGGAACGCUGCCGCGAGUGGCUCGAAGACGACGUCGGGCUCGCGCUCGGGAUCGAGCACGUGACGAACAAGUACUUCCCGCUGAGUAACAGCUCGAGAGAGGUCCGGGACAAGCUCCUGCAAGCGUGCGUGAGCGAAGGCGUGAAGGUCAGAUACGGCGCCUCCGUGGAGAGUUUGCGACGAACGGACGAAGGCUGGGCGCUGCGCAUCCGAGACGCGAGCGAGGAGAACGUCCCCGUCGUCGUCCUCGCGAUGGGGGGGCUGAGUUUCCCCGCGGUCGGGACGGACGGCACCGGGUACGCGAUCGCGCGGAGGGAUUUGAACCACGUCCUGAACGAGCCGUAUCCGGCGCUCGUGCCGUUGACGGGCGCGCACCCGGGCGGGGAGAUGAUGCCGGGGGUGAGCGUGGACGUGUCCUUGGAGUGCGAGACCGUCGCCGUGGGGGACGAGAAGAGCAAGAAGAAGAAAAAGAAGAGCAAGGCGAGCCGGGAAGGUUUCCUGUUCACCCACCGCGGGUACUCCGGGCCGUCCGUGCUGGACCUGUCGCACAACGUCGUUCGCCCGCUCGCGCGUUUGGCGCGCGAGGGCGGCGCGUCCGAGAGGGACGACGAGAAGAGCGUCGACGGCACGACGCCGCUCCCGUCGCUCGUCGUGAACUGGUCGGGGGAGAGUAGAGAGAUGUGGCAGACGAGGCUCACCGCGCCACCGGGGAAGGCGCUCGUCGCGACGCGGUUGCGAGACGCGCUCCCGCAACGCCUCGCGGACGCGCUCCUCGUCGAAGGCGGGAUCGACAACACGUGCAAAGUCGCGGACUUACGUAAGGAGAAUCGUCUCAAGUUGCUCGACGCGCUCACGCGAUACACGAUCCCCGUGGACGGGCAUCAAGGGUAUAGAAAAGCCGAGGUCACCGGCGGCGGCGUCGCCUUGGACGAGAUCGACACGAAGUCGAUGCAGUCGCUGGCGUCCCCCGGGGUGUUCUUCUGCGGUGAAGUGUGCGACGUGUUCGGUCGCAUCGGGGGGUUCAACUUUUUGUGGGCGUGGACGAGCGGGCGGUUAGCGGGGAUGAGCGCGGCGAGGAAGGUCCUGGACGGGACGCGAACGGUGGCGUAGCCGAAUAGCGUGUGUGUGCACAUACUUAUCCAAAAAAUUAUUCCUCCGAAGCCGGCGGCCCCGAGGACACUUUCACC